CAACAGAAGCACAUUCCGUCGCUCCAAACCAGGCUUGUCCGGUGCCCUUUUGUGCGGCAGGAAACGCAAGCUCGAAGACCAGACAGGAGGAGCCGGUAGUACGGUACGCGAUCCAAACGAUCCAAACAACGCCCGGUAGUAGUUCCUUCCUUCGCCGCCAUGAGUUCCGCUGGUCCCACGAUGGAGAUUUCCUCCCCGGCCAGUGCCGAGGACGGCAGCAGCAGCAGCAGUGCCAAUGCCAAUACCAAUGCCAAUACCACCACCAACAACGACAGCGGGGACGCCAACAACGCCGACACAGGGAGCCUCCUGCCGCCCUCCUUUGCGCAAGACCCCGUGGGGUACCUGGACGCGAUUGCCUCCCAGCCAACCCCGUCGGCCCGGGCCCUCUCCAUGCUGGCCGGCCCCCUGGCGGCCUGGCUGCUCCCAAGGGGGGACCCCUCCGAGGCCGGCCCUCUUCCGCCGGGCCCCAGCGUCGCCAGGGAAGCGGUGGCCGGGCACUACCUCUCCGCGGCCGCGGCCCAGCUGGGGGGCACGAUUCCCUGGAAGGCUGCUACGCCCACCGGGGAGGCGGCCGAGGUCCUGCGGGCCGUGGGGGCCUCGGCGGAAGCCUGCGCCGAUCCCCGGGCCGUGGCUUCCAGCGGGAUCGUCGGCGUUCUCGCCGGGAUGGUCCGUGCAUCGGACGCUGCGUCCUUGUCUGCUUUGUCUCUGCAGCCGUCGUCGCUUCUCGGUCUGCCCCCCCGGUCCUCCCCGGGGGCCUUUCCCACCCUGACCCCCGUCCACACCGUCUUUCUGAGGUGCGCCGUGGCGGCGGAAGACUGGGCAGCCGCCGAGGCGGUCGUCGGGGACACCUGGCCCCUCCCCGCGGAGGGGGCCGGCCCGCAUCCCCCUUCCCUCUUUGUGGCGGAGUACUACUACCUGCGCGGGGUGGUCCACUGCGCACGCGGGCGUGGAUCCUUCCACCGAUCCAUGGCCCACCGCUGCUGGUGGACCUGCCUCUCGCUCCCCCCCGACGCCCGGAACGAAGCGGCCAGCGCCUCCCUCUCGAUCCGGGCCUGGAAGAAGCUGGCCCUCGUCCAGCCCCUGCUGGACGCCCCCCGUGCAAGCGGCGGUGCCGGAGAGAAGGAUCCCUUGUUCUCCGCGAGCGGUGCCGGUCCCGGCGCUCCCACCCGGAUUCCCGGCUGCGCCCCCAAGGGACUGGCGAAGGCCAUUGGCAAGGCGACCGAGGCCGCUUCCGCUCCGGAAGUCCCUUCCGGUCCCGGGGGGGAUUCCUCGGAACCACCGCCGCCCCCCGGCGGCGGCAGCGACGACACCACCGGCGGCACCACCGACGACGGCUGCUGGGUCUACGCCCGCCUCGGGCCGGCCUGCGCGGCCGGAGACAGGGCCACCGUGGAGGACCUCCUCGGCCGCUUUGCGUCCCAGCUGGAGGCCGACGGGAACCUGGGCAUGGCCAGGAACUGCCUUUCACGCGCCAGGGAGCUCCAGGCGAGGAAGGCCUCGGCCGUCUUUUCGGUGGCGACCCUCCCGGUCCUGGCGCGGCGCUGGGGGGUCUCCCCCGAAGCCGCGCGGGAGCAGCUGGAGGAGGCCUCGGAGACCGGGGCCGUCCCCUCGAGGGUGGACGCCGACGGAAGGGUCUCCUUCUCGCCGGCUUGUGCGCUUGCGAACCAGGGGCGUUCCGGGAGCACGGGGGUGGGCCUGCACGAGUGGAUCAAGCUCCUGGAACACCUGCAGAAGCUGAACGUCGACCUCUCGACCAGCCCGAGGUACCACUCCCUCAAGGAAAAGGAGGGGAGGCCCGGGCAGCAACACCAGCCCGAGGCGCUCGUCGCCGACGAGUUCCACAGCGUGGCCUCCGUCUAGGCAGCAUCGCACUGCACCGAAUUGCA